ACAUUUUGCAGCAGGUGUUAUCCAUGGAGUUCCUGUUAGAGCUGGUUAACACUGUACCGUUUGUUGUCACAAUUUUUUGGGAGGAACCUCUUCGAAAUUUAUUUAUCCCUAUUUUCCUUAACUGCUGGUUAGCCAAACUUGCUUUACAAAAUAUGUUUAAUGACCUUCACAGAGUGAUGAUGAAAUCCCAGUCAGCCCUUGCUCAACAACUUAUGAUUUUAUGUGCCACUGUAUUGUGCCUUGUGUUUACCAGUGUAUGCGGUAUACAACAUCUACAGAGGGGAGGUAAUCAACAGUUCGGAUUGUUCGAAUCUUGCUGGUUCUCCGUGGUCACCUUUUCUACUGUGGGCUAUGGAGAUAUAUGCCCCGACAUCUGGAUAUCUCAGUUCUUUAUGAUAUGCAUGAUUGGGGCUGCACUCAUUGUCUUGCCAACACAGUUUGAACAAUUGGCGUUUUUCUGGAUGGAGCGACAGAAACAAGGUGGGGCAUAUAGCAGCCACCGUGCUCAGACAGAGAAACAUGUAGUCGUGUGUACCACAACGCUCCAGGCCGACACCAUUAUGGACUUCCUAAAUGAAUUUUAUGCCCAUCCUAAAUUACAGGACUACUAUGUAGUGUUACUAUCGCCGUGUGAGCUGGACUCCACGAUGAAGAUGUUACUACAAGUUCCUUUGUGGACCCAAAGGGUCAUAUACAUACAGGGGUCGGCCCUUAAGGACUCGGAUCUCACCCGGUGUAGGAUGCAGGAUUCCCUGGCAUGCUUUAUCCUGGCAGCCCGUAACCAGAGUGAUAGAACAGCUGCUGACCAGCACACCAUCCUCAGGUCCUGGGCCAUCAAAGAUUUUGCACCAGAUUGUGCUCAGUAUGUACAGAUCUUCCGACCAGAAAACAAAUUCCAUGUCAAAUUCGCAGAGCAUGUAGUGUGUGAAGAUGAGUUUAAGUAUGCCUUACUUGCCAACAACUGUUUGUGUCCAGCCACUUCUACCUUGGUCACCCUCCUGUUACAUACCUCCAGAGGCCAUGAAGGACAGACGUCCUCGGAGGAUUGGCAGCGACUUUACGGUGGAUGUUCAGGCAACGAGAUUUACCACAUCAAACUCCGCGACAGUAAAUUCUUCGGGGAGUACGAGGGCAAAAGUUUUACCUAUGCCUCCUUCCAUGCUCAUCGCAGGUUUGGUGUAAGUUUGGUUGGCAUACAACAGUCUGACGUGAAGGACUCAAACAUACAGUUAAACCCUGGUCCCAGGCAUAUCAUGAAAAAGUCGGACAUCUGUUUCUACCUUAACAUCACAAAGGAGGAGAAUACACGCACCUUCAACCUGGCCCAGUCCCAGGAGGAGGGAGGCAAGAUGGACCAACAGAACCUACCCACUGGUGCGAAAGAGGCGUCCAAAGUGGCUAGCAUGAUAGCUAGUGUGGGUACAGUAGCAUUGGAGCUUCAGCACACACGGGUGAACAUUCCAAAUCCGUCUGAGAUCACCCGUCCUCCUGCUCCAACUCGCAAGGAUAGCAAGAAGUUCCAACUUGACCUGCCAAAGGGCCUCAACAUCUCCAGCCUACAGAAACGUCCCAGUAUAGCGCCGGUGCCCGCAGUACUCGAGGCCAAUGACAUUCGUAUACAACUCAGCUCCGACGUUGAGUCUGAGGAGGACGAUGAUGACACUGUGUUUGACUCCGAAACUGACCAUGAUCCUGAGUACAUCCGAGGAUUUCCACCAAUCACACCCUACGUCGGCACCAGUCCCACAUUGUGUCACUUGAUGAAGGAAAAACGACCACUCUGUUGUCUCCAGCUUGCCUAUGCCUGUAAUCACUGUUGUUACACGACAACCAAGGAGUAUAACUGGCCUAACAGAGCCAUCAUCCUGGCCGCAGACUUCGCCAGUAACGGCAUCUACAACUUCGUGGUUCCACUACGAUCUCACGCCAGGCCUAAAAAUACCCUCAACCCUAUUGUGCUAUUGCUGGGUAAUACACCAGACACCGCCUUCCUCGACACCAUUUGUCACUUCCCCCUCGUCUUCUGGAUGAUUGGAUCCAUUGAUUCAAUUGACAAUCUACUACAAGCUGGAAUUAACAUGGCAGACAACGUUGUGAUUGUAAACAAAGAAACAUCUAACUCAGCUGAAGAAGACACCCUGUCGGACUGUAACACGAUAGUGGGGGUCCAGACCAUAUUUAGAUUAUUUCCAAGUGCCAAUAUUAUAACGGAGUUAUCCCAGUCAUCGAACAUGAGAUUUAUGCAAUUCAGAGCCAAUGAUACGUACUCCUAUUCUCUGUCAAAAUUGGAGAAGAAGGAGAGAGGUCGUGGUUCUCACCUGUCUUACAUGUUCAGACUGCCGUUUGCCGCGGGAAAUGUGUUCAGUGCUAGUAUGUUAGACACCUUACUUUAUCAGGCGUUCGUAAAGGAGUACCUGAUAACAUUUGUCAGACUUCUACUUGGAAUUGAUCAGGCUGUUGGCUCUGGGCAUUUAUCAUGUAUGAAAAUAAAGAAAGAGGACCUCUGGAUCAGGACGUACGGCAGAUUGUACCAGAAAUUCUGUUCCACCACAUGUGAGAUUCCAAUAGGAAUAUAUCGUACUCAGGUUCACCAUGACCAAACAGGGGAAACAACCUCGCCUAAUGCGUCCAUGGUAGUGCGCGAUCAGUCCGCCCUCAACUUAGCCUUUAGAAAUUCAGUUAUCCGCCGGAAGCCACGACAGUCUUCAACAUCCUUCUCCUCUACCACUAAGAAACCAGACAAUGUGUCGCUGAGUAUGAUGGGACUGGAGCACGAUGACAGCGACGCUCACAUGACGCCGGAGCGACAUGAGAUCAGUCAAAUGGUCAAGUCACGAAUGCAGAGUCUCGGUCUGCCGAUGUCUGAUUAUGACAGUAGGACGCGGCACAGGAGAAAAAGGGGUUGUGGCAGUGAAAAGCGCAAUAACAUUUCCUAUGUUAUUGUCAACCCUAGCUAUGACCUACGUCUUGAACUAGAUGACAUUAUUUACGUGAUCCGGCCCAGCUCCCUCUCCCCACAAGCUUCUCCUCUCCUUGACGAGAGAAAGUUGAACGACCGCCACACUAUGGGGAAGCGGGUAGAACCAACAGGUGCAGACAAUUCCGACUUAGAAACUCGCAGCUCAAACUCUGCGAAGCCAAAUGGGGAAGAUAGGUCCAACAACGCCUCAACAUCAAAAAGAGUGAAGGGUGGAAUAAUGAAGGACCCCAAUAGUAGGAUUCCAAUCAUCUACAUGGAUGAUGACUCUGAUGAAGAAGAUAACGAUGACAAUUCCACACAACCACCGGCAGAGGGCAGCCCUGGUAGUACCACCACCAGCAAUGGACAUCCUCUCUUUCACCUGGGAAGUAUCGACAAUAGUGUUCCAGAAAUGCCUCAACAUCAGAUAGAUUCUCCGGUCGAGGGUCUGAAAGGCACAGUGGUAUGACGAAUACCUUCCUGACAUAGGUCACAAGAUCAUGUUCCCUAAUUACAUGACUGGUUGAUGUUUUCAUUACCAAGAUCACAUGAUCAUGUUCCCCAACAUGAUUGGUCAAUGUUUUCAUUACCAAGAUCACAUGAUCGUGUUCCCCAACAUGAUUGGUCAAUGUUUUCAUUACCAAGAUCACAUGAUCGUGUUCCCCAACAUGAUUGGUCAAUGUUUUCAUUACCAAGAUCACAUGAUCGUGUUCCCCAACAUGAUUGGUCAAUGUUUUCAUUACCAAGAUCACAUGAUCGUGUUCCCCAACAUGAUUGGUCAAUGUUUUCAUUACCAAGAUCACAUGAUCGUGUUCCCCAACAUGAUUGGUCAAUGUUUUCAUUACCAAGAACACACGACAAUGUCCCCGAGCAGAGCUGGUCGAUACUUUUCUUAAAGAGAGAUUGAAUUGGCAGUAAAACUUACUUGUUUUAACCAUUUUAUUAACGUCACAGAUAUAUCUAGUAAAUACUGAUGGGCCUUGACUUGUAAAUCACCACGCACUGGAUUUUUAGCCUGCUAUUAUCACAUGUACAUGGUGGGCUGUUCAAAUCGCCUGUCAUCCGUGGUCUGUUGUCCGUCCAUCGCCCAUCGAUCCUUAACCCGUUCUUGUUAUUGCUAUUUCUCAGAAGGUACUCGAGGAAUCGAUCUAUCUCAAAUUUGAUAUGUAGGUUCCCCUUGGUCCCUAGUUGUGCAUGUUUACUUGGCCUACAGGUGGUCAUCUUUGAUUUUGACGGUAAAUGAUUGAUAUCGCUAUUUCUUAGGAAGUACGGAAUGAAUCUUUUCAAGUUCCCCUUGGUCUUUAGUUGUGCAUGCAUGCUUUCUUUUGAGACUGAUCACAUAAAUAAAAUGGCCGACAGAUGCCAUCUUGGAUUUUGACAAUAAAUGAUUGAUGCAUGCAUGGCUAUUUCUCAGGAAGUAUUUGAGGGAUCUUUCUUAAAUUUAAAAUGUAUGUUCCCAUUGGUCUCUA